AUGGGAAACAGCGCAGCGAGCAAUGCUGGGAAGACUAUUGCCAAGGGCAUGAAGCUCCCGAACGUAACCUUGGAUAAGGGGUUCCCGCCGAAGAAGAUCCCGCUUCAAGAGAUCAUCGGUGGCAAAAAGGUGGUGAUGGUGGGCUUGCCGGGUGCCAAGGGCGUCUCUGAUGUCAUUGUCUACUGCGUGAACGACACCGCAGUGAUGGAUGCUUGGGCGAAGGACCAGAAGAUCGAUGGCUCCAUCGUGUCUUUCUACGGUGACAGCGGCUCGCUGCUCACCAAAGAGAUUGGCCUUGAGUUGACCCAUGCAGGGGUCAUGGCUGCGUUGGGCAACCCCCGGUGUAAGAGGCAUGCCAUGAUCGUGGACGACAUGGAGGUGAAGGACGUCUGGGUCGCGGCCUCGGAGGAGGACCCUGCUGGUGACGCCAAGCCCGAGGACACGAUGGCCAGCAUGGCACCGUUGCAUGGCCGGCGGCGAGCCGUGCAGGGCCGUUACAGCGAUAGGCCGAGGCGGUGUGCCCCCCUUUCAGCUGCUUGUGCGCUGGCUGCAGUCGCUCUUCUUUGGGCAGGCUCCCGAAGCGUCAGCUUCUCCGAGCCGAGGAGUUCGGCACCUUGCCCUUCCCGGCGAGAAGCAGUAGCUGCACUCAUACCUGGACUAGCUGUGACGGGUGCGGUGCUAACGGAUGCGGACUCCGCAUGGGCAGAUGGAAGCAUAGAUCUGAUUGUUGGAGACUCCCGCAAGAAAGCGAAGUAUGAAUCGCGAGAGGGCGGCUUCCUUGGAGCUAACAAGUUCAAGAAACAGACGCAGGACUUCAACUACACGGAUUUGCAGAGCUUCCUCCCCAAGCUGUACAUGGCUCGAAGGUCGUUUGAGGUUCAGAACAAACAGCUGAACGACCGCAAGCUGAGCACCUUCCUGUGUUGGGGAAGUGGGGUAGAAAACAUGGGCAUCAAAGGCCUCAUGAAGUUUCUCCAAGACUCGGCCCCGAAAGCCGUCAAAGAGCAGCCCAGUCAGGCUGCAUACACAGGCCGGACGGUGGCAAUCGAUGCCAGCAUGUGUCUGUAUCAGUUCUUGAUCAUGAUCAGAGAGAACAGGUCGGGAACGUACAACAAUCUCACAAAUGAGGAGGGACAGGUUACAUCUCACAUCAUUGGCAUGCUUACGCGCACGAUUCGAUUGAUGGAGAGUGGGAUCAAGCCCGUCUACGUCUUCGACGGCAAACCUCCUGAGAUGAAGUUGCUGGAGCUGGAACAGCGCAGGGCCAAGCGCCAGGAAGCCCAAGCCAAUCUGCAGGCAGCCAUGGAGGCUGGCGACUCCGAGCAGAUCUUGAAGAGCACCAAGGCGACGGUGAAGGUCACCAAAGAGCAGAACGAGGAAACCAAAAAGCUGCUCAGGCUCAUGGGUGUUCCCGUCGUAGAUGCCCCCAGCGAAGCCGAGGCGACCUGCGCCGCCCUCUGUCGUGACGGAAAGGUCUUUGCAGCAGCCACAGAGGACGCGGACUGCUUGACAUUCGGCACUAAGAUCCUUGUAAGGAACCUGAUGGCAGCAGAGUCGCAGAAAAAGACCAUUCUUGAGGUCAAUCUGGCGCUUGUGCUGGAGCAGUUGAACAUCACCAUGGACCAGUUCAUUGACUUCUGUAUUCUCUGUGGUUGCGACUACUGCGACACUUUGAAGGGUGUUGGUCCCAGCACGGCAAUCAAGCUUCUCAUGCAGCACGGGACGCUCGAGAAGGUCCUCGAAGCUUUGGGGCCCGAGAAGGUUCCAGCCAACUUUCGCUUUGAGGCUGCUCGGAUGUUCUUCAAGGAGUGCGAG